AAAUUCCAGGAAUUGUGAAUGACAAAGAUUCCAAGGAGUCCAUUACAGAAGGAGAGAAUCUGGAAGAGGAUGAAGAAGAGGAGGAAGGUGGAGCAGAGACAGAGGAACAAUCUGGAAAUGAAAGUGAAGUAAAUGAGCCAGAAGAAGAGGAGGGCUCUGACAAUGAGGAAGAAGAGGGUGAAGAAGAGGAAGAAGAAAACACUGAUUAUCUUACAGACUCCAAUAAGGAAAAUGAAACCGAUGAGGAGAAUACAGAAGUAAUGAUUAAAGGAGGAGGACUGAAGCAUGUGCCUUGUGCAGAGGAUGAGGACUUCAUUCAGGCCUUGGAUAAAAUGAUGCUGGAAAAUCUUCAGCAACGGAGUGGUGAAUCUGUUAAAGUCCAUCAGUUGGAUGUUGCUAUCCCUCUGCAUCUCAAAAGUCAGCUGAAGAAGGGCCCCCCACUUGGAGCUGGGGAAGGAGAGUCAGAGUCUGGGGACACGAUGCCAUUUGUCAUGUUAACAAGAAAAGGCAACAAACAGCAGUUUAAGAUCCUAAAUGUACCGAUGUCUUCCCAACUUGCUGCAAACCACUGGAACCAACAGCAAGCAGAACAGGAGGAGAGAAUGAGGAUGAAGAAGCUCACUUUGGAUAUCAAUGAACGGCAGGAACAAGAGGACUAUCAGGAAAUGUUGCAGUCUCUGGCACAGCGUCCAGCUCCAGCAAAUACUAAUCGUGAGCGGCGGCCUCGUUACCAGCAUCCGAAGGGAGCACCUAAUGCAGAUCUAAUCUUUAAAACCGGUGGGAGGAGACGCUGAUCCACCGCCAGUGUCAUUUCAUUAGGUCCUGUAUCUCUGGUGUUGUGGAGUCCUCCAGCGAUUAAACGAGAGCAGUGGACACAUCUCAGCAUGUCAGUCUAGAGCGUUCAGAACCGAAACCUGGGACAGGCUGGGGCCGUGGGGCACGAAGAGCAGCCUCCCCUCUCCCCCCCCACCCCCCCAAAAAAAGCUUUUUGUUAUGGGAACCGCCUUGAGGGUCAAUCUUCUCAUGGGAGCAGGAGCAAACGAGCGAGAUGGGGAACUUGACCUGCGAGCAGCUCGGUGAGUGCCGGGAGCAGCCUGGAGCUCGGAUGAUCACACUGGAAUGGGAAAGGCCUUUGGCAGCUCAGCCUGCAGGGAAAUAAAGCUCUGAACUGGCCACAAGUUACAUUGUCUCCGACUCGAGCACUUGGUGGAAGGAUGUUCUUUGGGGGCUGCAAAUCUACAGUAGAAAAAUGUAGAGCAAACGGCAAAAUGCAGAAGAAAACCCUGCCGAGCAGGAUAACUUCUCAAACACUCCUCAGCGAGGAUGUUCUUGGUUAAGGAAGAGCCUUUUGCUGCCAGAUGUGCCAGAAAGGGGGUGGGGAGGGGUGAUAAACUGAAGAGCCAAGGAGGUAAAAUAUCUGUUAAGGUUUAAAAUAGAAAGUGAAGUUGAUGAACACGGGGUGUUGACUCGUAAUGCUUGGAACAGCCUGACACCAGCCUAAGGACAGGGAUAUAGUUGAGCCCAUUGUAUGUAUCAUUGAAAACCAAAACGUGCCAGUCAGCAUAACAGGAGGAUGUCAAGGAGCGGAUCCAAAUAUUUUGUUGAUCUUCAUGGGUUGAUAAGCCUCUGUGUCUCUUGAAACAAACAAAAAGUUUAAAAAAAAAAAGAUUUAAGUCUGGAAACAAGUAGAAUUUUUAUUUUUUUCUAAGUAGAAAUGAGGUUUCUUGGUCUGUUUCUGACAAUCUGUUAUUUAUCAGCAUAGGGUUUUGUUUGCUUUCAGGUAGAGGUAGUUCAUUGAGUUAAAGAGCCCAUCUGUAUGUUACUACUAAUUCUUUUUUCUAGCUCUUUUAAAAUCCUUUUUACCACUGGUUUUGGUUUCUGCAUGUAGGAAGAGAGACUUGUAAAAUUGUAACAUUUCAUACAGAAAUGCCACCGGAUCUUCACCAGCUUCAGAAAUCUGACCUUUGCCAAUGCUGCAAUAAAGUGUUGUAAUUUAGA